CUCAUUGCUCUUACAAAUGCUCCUGGAUCUAUACUGAGGAGCCUUGUCUCCCUCCCUCUGUGAAGCUAACUGCCUGUGAGUUUGUAACCAUUACAGCUGUUGAUGAUGAAACAAUAAAGAAGAACCUCCUCUAAGUCAAAAAGGGCAGCUAGAGAUAAGAUUCAUUUUCAAUGCCCCUGCAGCUGCGUCUGAUGGCAUGGCCACCGCACUUCUCAGCAAGUGGGGAUCCAAGGCUGAUUCAUCGCAAAGGCCAGACACAUUCAGCAUCUGCCCUGUGCCUGACACUGUGCUAGGUGCUGGGGCUGCAGCUGAAUGCACCGAUAGGAUGGACCUAGUCCCUGAAUUCUGCUCUUGAGCAUGCUCAUUGGAAACAAGAGGAUCCCCAGAGGCAGAUUCAUCAGAAAACUCAGCCUCUCCACAGCUCAAAGUACCAGAAGUUUAUUGCAGGAUGUGAUUAUCAUGGCACCUGCAUUACUGAUUCUCUUGGGGGCUACAGUGAUACUGAGAGCAGACUCACUUUCUGAUAAAAAAUCUUUACUUCUCCCACCUACCAACUUCACUAUCAAAGUUACUGGCCUUUCCCAAGUUCUUUUGCGUUGGGAAUCAAAUCCUGAUCAAGAGCCAGUGAAUAUAGAGCUAGGCUAUCAUGUGAGAAUAAAUGCUCCACAAGAAGAAGACUAUGAAACCAGGAACACUGAAAGCAAACGUGUAACCGUUCUUCAUAAAGGCUUUUCAGCAAGUGUGCAGACGGUCCCUUGGAACGGCCAGCCCCUCCCACCAAGCCGCUGGGUUUCUGCUGAACUUAAAGCCCCACCUGGGUCUCCUGGAACCUCGAUUGUGAAUUUAACAUGUACCACAAACACCACAGUGAAUAAUCAUACUCCCUUAAGGCCAUACCAAGUUUCUCUUCACUGCUCCUGGCUAGCUGGCAAGGAUGCCCCUGAGGAUACACAGUAUUUUCUCUACUAUAGGUAUGGCUCCUGGACCGAAGAAUGCCAGGAGUACAGGAGAGACACCCUGAACAGAAAUACUGCAUGCUGGUUUCCAAAGACUUUUAUCAGCAGCAGAGGGAGUGAGGCACUCGCAGUGCAUGCUAAUGGCUCAAGCAAGCAUGCUCCAAUCAAGCCUUUUGAUCAGCUGUUUGCUCUUCAUGCAAUCGAUCGCAUUAAUCCUCCAGUGAAUGUCACAGCAGAGAUUGAAGGAACCUGUCUUUCAAUUCAGUGGGAAAAACCAGUUUCUGCCUUUCCAAUUCACUGCUUUGAAUAUGAAGUGAAAAUUUACAACACGAGGAAAAAUUAUUUCCAGACAGAAAAACUGAUGACGAAUGCAUUCAUCUCAAUAAUUGAUGAUAUUUCUAAGUAUUCCAUUCAAGUGAGAGCCACCGUGAGUUCUAUGUGCAGACAGAUGGGGUUUUGGAGCGAGUGGAGUCAACCUAUAUACGUGGGAAGUGAUGACCAGAAGCCCUCCACAGAAUGGUUUCUUAUCGUGCUUAUGGCGGCCAUCUGCUUCAUCUUGCUAAUUUUCUCCUUCAUCUGUAAAACAGGUCACUUAUGGACCAGGUUGUUUCCACCAGUUCCGGCACCAAAAAGUAGUAUUCAAGAUUUCUUUGUCAUCGUCAGCUCUGAGAAAACUGUUUCCACUGAAACAGAAAUUGAAGUCAUAAGUUAUGUGGAAGACCCUGGAUUUGAGACCCUGGAAGAUUCUGUGUUUUGAUUGGCACUGCAGCAUUCUCGAAAUGAGCUCACACUCACAUGCCUCAGCGAUAAGAAGAACGGGAACUGUUGUUUCUUGGCUAAGAAGAGUUCAGAAUUUACUGAACACUCAAUUUAGCUGCAAGGCAAUACACUCAGACAAAUCUUUUAAAAGUGUACAUGCCUCAUCAAAAACUCCUUGCUCACUCAGGGUGAUGGAUUAAUCUGAUCAUUCUGCGAUGUCUUUUCUCCCCACUCUACAGGGUACCAACUCCUCACCUGCCAGUCUUUAUGAUUUACAUUACUUACCUCAAACUUUUGUACACGAGUCAGUUUUUAAGGCUGAUGUCAACUGGCAGAGCUGGUUUUACAGUUGAAGCUGCCAAUGGUAAUACUCAACUAAAAUAUCAGGAAGAAAGCAUUUUGCACCAGCCUGGAGUUAAUUAUGAACUUAGAUUUGAGAUGGUCUUUCCUAAAGCUAGAGCAAGUGGGAGCCAUGGUGGGUUGUUGUUGUUUUAUAGAAUACUUUUUGUCUCAAGUAGUGUGUUGGGGGAUUGGGGGAAGGAGAGGGAGAGAAGCAUGAUCUCAAAUUCUAUAGCUAUGAUUGAGGAAGCAUGAUUUGAAGCAAACUCAUUAAAAACAUGAAGAGCUAAUAUAUCACUCCAAACCAAAA